AGUUGAGUAACUGUGAGUACAGUUGUGUGACUGUGACUCUCAACUGCUUGAUUGAAACAAAAUCCUGGUCUGGACUUGUACUCUCUGGACCUGAAUUACCCAACUCUGCUAGUGUUUGGAUGCAGAAUAAGCUCCCCCAAAACGGAAAUUAUCAUGUCUGCUUUUUUUUUCUCAAAUGCAUGGAGGUAAAAUAGUUUAGUAACUCUGGGAGUAAUAUGCAACGGUGUGUCCUUCUGUCAGUCUCUGUUUAUAUAAAUUGGGAAAGUAUGUGAAAAUUGUCAUGAAGGUAAUUGCAUAUAAAAAUAUCUAUUUUUUUUUAACAUUUGAGGAAAAAUUGCAAUAAAUGGCACUUUAUUGGGGGAAGAAAAUCAUUAAAAAUUCUGUGCUGUAGACUUUAAGACUUUGACAAAUUGCAUAAUGCAUAUCAUCGUGUUUCCAACGAUAAGUGCACUGGCGCCCUAACGAAGAUCCAGAGUUAUAGCGAUGAUUGUCCCGACCGCAGAAUUUUUUCAUUUGCGGCUGCUUUUUACUCACACCUCAGUUUUGACUCAAGUGUCGAGUGACAAAUGAGUGUUGGUACGUGUCCCGUAACCUCGCCACUCCUCAUCCUGGGCUCAUUCACAUCAGUUUCGAUGCGAUGGCCCCGUUCACCUCGCCUGUCUCAUUGUCAGAUGGGGCCGCGAUAUGCUUGUGGAGCAACACUGAAACGUGCGUCAAUCCGGCAGCUCCGCUUGGGACUGCCACGAGCUGUAGCUGAGCGAACCGGACCCUUGUCCUCUUUUUCCGGAGUCAUGCUCAGUUUUUCUUUGUUUCUUCUGUUGGGUUCAUGGUUAUACUGGUUCAUCCGGGAUGCCAGUUUUAUUUUGCCUUAUUGUAUGAAUUUUUUAUAUACUACCAUACUGCUGUUUCAGUGUGUGCAUGAAAAUUUGUAUUACAUGUAAUAUAAUUAGGUCUGCAAUUAAAUGCAUACCAGUAAAGCAAAAUCCCUAAUAUUAUCAAAUUAUGGCAGUAAUAAUUAUUAAAAUCAUGCCAGUUAAGCAAGCAUUCUGUUACCAAGCUAAAUAUACAGUAAUAAUAACCGAUGAAACAUGCAUAUAUGGAGCUAAUUAUACAGUUAUAAUUAAUACAACAUAUUACUAUAUAGCUAAAUAUACAUGAUUAAUCUAAUAAAAUAUGUCAGUGAUGCAAUUCUUAUGAAGUUAAGUACGCCGUUACAGUCAAUAUAACAUGUCACCAUUGAGCUGAAUAUCUAAUAAAGUAAAAGAAUCUAAUACAACAUGUUAGUUAUACUAUCAGGAUAAAUGUAAAUGGUUUUUAUAAUAAUUAAUAAACACUUUUUUUUUAUCAUCCAUUUUGUGUAGCUGCUUAUCCUAUUCAGGGUCAUGGAGGUCUGGACCCUAUGCUGGGGACUAUGUGUGCAAGGCAGGGAACAACCCAGGAUGGGGCACCAACCCACAUUCAUAAACAUAUUUUAUUGAUGUGAACACUUUCUGCUGCAGUAAGGUUGAACUUGGGGGGGAAAAAAACAUUAAAAUACCGUGAUGUACCAUGAAACUGCCUGAACCUUAAAAAAAUACUGUGACACAAAUUUUUGCUCAUACUAUCCAACACUAAUAGAGGUAUCACUGAGAACACAGACAUCAUAGCAAGGAAAACGGUUAAACCAUUCGUAUUGAAACAUGCGCUGGGUGAUUGGUUAUUUCUUUGAGUAUCUUGAUUUGUGGAGAGCAUUUUGAAGCAGUGCUGUUACAGAUGCAUGAUAUUUUGGUUAACAUACAAGUAUUGGCUGAUAUCCAUUCAAAAUCACGAUAUCUGUCAUUUUCGUGUCAGUCUUGCACCAAUAUUGACGGCUGAUAAUUCAUCUUUAUCAGUAUUCAAAGCCAGCAGUACCAGAGCUAAAGACAGAACUGCUAAAAUAACAGGGAUGAUUGCAUUGGUGAAGGAUGAAGAAUUAAAGAGGUUUCAAAGGACUGUCCUCCAACGUCUUUAUACUUCAUUCAGUGUUUCAUAUUGAUCUUUGCUUUCUCUAGAAUAAUAAUAAUGAUAAACAUGUAACAUCAUUUCGCUAAUUUGUGCUGGAAUGUUCAUCAAGUUUCAUUGCCAACACACCACCCCCGCUCAGCAUGUGGCUCAGAGAUUAGCCAGUUAUUGGUAUCAGUAUCAGCACCAUUACACAAAAAUAUAUCUGUUAGCGGUCUCAGUCACAAUUUCUAUAUCACUGUUACCAGUAAGUACACUAAUUUUGUUAUUUUAUUGAACAGCUCUUAUAGUCCCUAACCAAGGUUGUGGAAUGUACUGCCAAGAAUGUAAACUUUAAAUGACUGUUCAUCUUUCUUAUGUCAGCAUCUGGCCCCUACAUCAUUUCUGAUGUGGUUGUACCAGAACCCUGUCUUUGAUGGUCACACUUAGCUCAGAUGUUAGUGGAUGGCAAACACCCCCAUUUUAUCGUGUCACCACUCCAAGGUCAGAGCCGUUGUUCAUUCUGUGUUUGUUUGCUUAUGGGGCAACUGUGUUGCAGUGUAUGCUCAGCUAGCUGCGAUCUUCAUACUGCCAAUAAAAAGGUUAGCCUUGGCCACAGCCCAAUCACUCUUAUACCUUAUGGAUGCAGCAUAUAGCUGAAACUCUGCACAGCCCAACAGCUUAAACAAAGCAAACCACAAUGUCCCUGUUGACUAAAAACACAAACAUGUAUUUCUUGUUUUUGGUGUGACACUUGCCGUUGGUUUUCCAGUGCUGUUUUUGUUAUUUGGUUGUUUACAUGGGCAGACAUGAUGUCAUGGAUUGAGCGUCAGCAUGUAGUGUGAGGAUAAUGCCCAGGGUUUGUCAUCAUUCAUGCCAUUUCUCAAGACCAAGUAUGCAUGCUCCAUUCCUAUUAUGGAAAUAACGUUUCGUCUGGAUAGCACGUAUGUCAGGCAGCAUGUGUGAACGCGUUUUGAAAUCAUGAUUGCUUGCAGCAGUGUUUUGUGUAGACACUCCAAGUCACGCAUGUGUUUGCGGGAACUUUUGAAGCUUUGAAAAACUUGGACAGGAGAAUGCUAUAAACAGUGUCCUGGCAUGCAUUUUUGAGUUGUAGAUCUUACUUCUCUUGGGGAGAAGUAUGAAGGCCUCAUUCCUGUAUGAAUAAGAAGGUGCAGGUACUAGCGUCUGCUGUGACUACCCCCCAGCUCUUAACUCCACAGCAGAUGCUAAGUCCACAGCACAUCCAGGUUCUGCUCCAGCAGCAGGCCCUCAUGGUACAACAGCAGCAUCUGCAGGACUUUUACAAGAAGCAGCGGGAACAACUGCAGCUUCAUCUCUUGCAGCAGCAGCAGCAACAGCAACAACAUGCGAGGAAAACUAACAAAGCGGUCUCUGCUCAGCAGGUAGCUCUCCAGCAGCAGCUCCUGCAGGUUCAACAGCAGCACCUGCUCAGCUUGCAGAGACAGGGCCUGCUGUCCAUCCAGCCCUGUCAGAGCGGCCUGUCGCUGCCCCUUGCUCAGGGUUUGAUUCAAGCCAAGUUGCCCUGUGAGGCCAAGGGCAAAGGACUGAAAGAGGAGAACGGAUCUGGGCACCACGGCAUGGAGGACCCGCCAUCUGCUGCCAUCAGCCACCCAGUGGCUCGAAAAGACGCGUCUUACAACCAGCAUACCUCUGUGAACGGGCAGCAUCCGGCCCGUGCCCCAAAGAGGGAAAGCUCCACACCGGACGCCCACCCCAACCACUCCAGUGAGAGUCACCCCCUCUUCGGGCAUGGUGUGUGCAAGUGGCCAGGCUGUGAGGCCAUGUUAGACAACAUUCAGUCCUUUCUCAAGCACUUGCACAGUGAGCACACACUGGAUGACCGGAGCACAGCGCAGUGCCGUGUUCAGAUGCAGGUUGUGCAGCAGUUGGAGCUGCAGCUGGAAAAGGACCGGGAGCGUUUACAGGCCAUGAUGACUCACCUGCAUGUCAAAUCCACUGAGGCCAAACCAGUCUCUCAACCACUGAACCUGGUGUCCAACUCCGCCCUUUCCAAAGUGAGCAUCCCAGAGGCAUCUCCACCCCUAAGCUCCACCCAGAACCCAGCAAUGCCCCUCCCCCAGAACCUGUCCAUCAUCAGCGGCCACAGUCCACCUGCCGUGGGCCCCCUGAGGAAGCGCUACUCGGACAAGUGCAACAUGCCCCUAUCCACAGACAUGGUCCAGAAUAAAGAGUUCUACAAGAGCACCGAAGUAAGACCCCCAUUCACAUACGCCUCCCUAAUAAGGCAGGCAAUUCUGGAAUCGCUGGAAAAGCAGCUGACACUAAACGAAAUCUACAACUGGUUCACACGGACUUUCGCGUAUUUCAGGCGAAACACGGCCACGUGGAAGAAUGCAGUCCGGCAUAAUCUCAGCCUCCACAAGUGCUUUGUGCGUGUGGAGAAUGUCAAGGGGGCCGUGUGGACGGUGGACGAGAUGGAGUUCCAGAAGAGACGGCCGCAGAAGAUGAGUGGGUCUCCUGCCCUGAUGAAAAAUAUGACGACUAGUCUAACCUACAGCCCAGCCUACAGCUCUGCUUUUGAGACCUCAGCGGCAGACAGGAACAUCCCUUUCUACACUACUGCCCUUACAGGAAGUCCUCCUCUGCUCUCUCAGCCUUCUCUACCACAUGAGGAUGCCAACGGAUUUACCGAGGACAGCGUGGACAGUGAUGACAGUCCCGGCCCCUCUGCCCUGCCGGCCCUGAACGACGGAGGUGUUAAAGAUGAGCCCAUACCUGAGGAGGGCGAGCCGACCCCGCUACGCGCCGAGGACUGCAGCUCCGACCUCGAAAGCCCCAACGAAGACCCAGAUGGUGAGCAGAAGGACAAUGCUGAGGCGGGCGUUCCCGGUUUCUCCUGAAGGAGAGCAGCAACAGACCUUUACCACUGAGACACGCCUGGGCCGGUCCAACACAUCCGACAGCGACACAGUGUGUCACGAGACUGCCGAGUGACUGUUAAAUGCUGAGAGAAAUGUACAUCUUUGUAGUGUUUUCAAAUUAUGGCUCCUUUUUGUUUUUCGUACGCCGUGGUUUCAGAUGGCUCAUCAUGUCUAGUACACAGGGCUUCUUGCAGCGUCCUCUCCAGCAUAUGGCUGUGCAAGCUACCACUGCCAGUCCUCCAUGGGGCCCCUGGAGCCCAGACUGGCACCGGGCAUGAAUUUCAGCACCCAAGCAUUGCCCUGACUCUGCUUCUUUGGGAUGUUUGGGGGAGGUAUUCAAGGACAGGAACUGCCCACAAUCCGUUAGCUCACAGAGGCUCCUCCUGUGUAUGUAGUCUCACCUGCAGGCAGUUUUAAAUUUCAAGGGGAUCUAAGUAAAACGUAGACACAAAUAGUCAGUUUCUUAAAACUGGAAAAAAUGCUAUUUUCACACAAUUCCUGUUCGUAUGGAGAGCUGCACACCUUAUGAUAACUUCAGCUCAAUAUUAAAGGGGCACCCAGGCUGCAGUCUGCAAUUUAAUUUGUUAAUGUUAAAAUCCAAUAUGUAACUCACUCACAGAGUCAAAUCUUCCAAUCAUGUUCAGAGUAAGACAAUUGCUCUUGCUUUCUCCACUGGAAGGUGCCCAAGUAGAAUAAAACUAUGACUUUACUGGUAUAUAUAGAGGCAGCUUGGGUGUGAUGGAUGUGCCCUUCAGCACUGGUUAUAUGUACAUACAUUUGGUGGUUCAGACAGAGCCACUGUCAUCCCCCAGGACCGUUUUAAGCAGGAGUCGGAAGACCAAGCUGAAGAUGGCAUCUCUUUUACAGCCUUUUAUGUUCAUUCCGAUAUCACAUGAAGCAGGGCAUGUCUGUAAGACAGGCGUCAGUCCUCAUGCUGUCUGUAAAGCCUCCUCCUGGCUACAACCAGAUACCAGUGUGGAGGUCAGGCUGGACUCCAGCAACUUCUCCUCGCACCAAACGAAUGUUAUAGUUAGAUGUGUUUUUCAGAAAGUAGGACUGAGGCUGCCAGUUUGUCCACUGAUUGCUGAUACUUUCACAGUGAAAUUGGCGGUAGUUUUAGCUGCUUUAUGUUAAUUCUGGGUGCAAAAUGUGUUUUUAAUUUCACUAUUGAACAAAUACUUGAUAUCAAGGCUUUAAUAGUUACUUGCAGUCAUCUUCUGCUGCAGCUUUCAACAUCCAUAACAAACACCAAGCUUAAUUUUUCAUUUUUAAGAAGUCUUGUUCAUUCAGGACUGCAGCAGACCACUGCUUUGUCUUUUAUAUUUAUAAGGGUUUUCUUUUGUUGGAUAAGUUUAGAUUUUAAUGCCUGUAUUUUUGUUUUCAGUGUUUUUUUCCCUCUGAGUACCAAAGAUAAACUAAAAAGCAAAGAGCACAUUCAGCGUCUGUCCCAAAUGUCACCCCCGAUCCUGGAUCACGAGACAGACCUCACAGCUGUGUGUAACCGCUGUCCGCUGUCCGAUAAGUCUUACAUGACUGUAUUGAACCCUUAAACCAAAGAUAUGGCACAUUACUAUUUUUAUAAAUAGCUUGCAACUGUAUAAGGGAACUAUGUGUGGCUAUGUGAGGGAGCACAGGUGUAUGAACAUACGUGAUAAGCAGAAAAUAAGGGGAGAGGAAUGAUAUUACGGCCGUGGAAGGAAGCUUAUCCUCAGCCUGUCAUAGUUACUUAACACCUGAAUUGGGAGGUAAGGGUUAAUUUUUAAUGAUGGCAGGACAGGCAACUAUUUUCUAGCAGAGAAUGUGAAAAUUCUUUCUAGUCAACUGGAUCAUGAUAAUGUAAGUGUUCUAUGCAUUUUAUUAGUUAUGAAGUUUUCAACAUUUUAGGAAUAAUUUUUGGUUUUGUUUUAGGGGUCUGUUAUCACUCAAAUUCUUGUUGUUUUUUGACUCCAUCAGCUGUAUGAUGCCUUCAGUUUCUGUGACCUACUUAUGUUUUAUAUUAAACACUUCUGACAGUGAAAA